ACAAUCAGCGAAUUUAAUUUAAAGAAGUGGGGCGCGCACUAUCAUAACACAUGAAGCAUAUAAAAGUCUGUCUCCCGAUGAUUAUGAACACAGUCAAACAUUCGACAAUCAACAAAAUGAAGAUCACACUUCUAUUCUCUCUAGCCUUUUUGGCAAUUGCUACUGCCAAUGAAGUUAGUUCAACGACAGAAUUACCUCUCGAGGAUUCCAAAGAAGAGAUAAAUCCAGCUCUAAAACCGACUGAAUAUCCACCUCAAAAUCCAGCUCUCAAUCCGUCUAAAUAUCCACCACAAAAUCCAGCUCUAAAUCCGUCUAAAUAUCCAUCUCAAUAUCCAUCGCAAUAUCCAUCUCAAUACCCAUCUCGAUACCCAGCUCGAUACCCAUCUCGAUACCCAUCUCAAUACCUAACUCAUUACCUAACUCAUUACCCAACUCAAUACCCAACUCAAUACCCAUCUCAAUACCCAUCUCGAUACCCAUCUACAUACCCAACUCAAUACCCAUCUCCUCCUAAUUAUCUAUUUCAAAGUCAAUAUCGAAGUAUUUGGCCACAUUCUUUAGAUGUACAAGAUAGUGAAUUUAUUAAUGCACCUGACGAGAGUUCAGUUAAAUCAACCAAAGAUUCAUCUCCCAAGAGUUUCCAAGGAAUGAGUUACUGGAGAUAUCGUCCAUAUGCCGCUCCAUAUUAUACAACUGAUUUUGCGCCAGAAAAAUUUAAUUUCAAUAAUGUUGCUAUUACUAAUAAUUAGAAGAAAUAUUUUACCUUUUAAUUUUUUGCAUUAUUAAUAAUUGACAUUAAGUAAUAUAUAUGUUUUAUAUAAUUAUUAAUCAAAAAUAAAAAACAUUGUACAUAAAAAAAAUAUAUUUAUUUAUUGUGUAUAAUUAAAGUAUUUAAUUUUAUUGCAUUAUAUUCUGGUUUGAUUUUUUGGGUGUACUCAAUUUCUGUGUAACAGAAUUCUUAUUUAAUAAAAAUUCUAUUAAAGAAAA